UCCUUCACUCACAAACUCCAGGACGGUGCCGGGGGCCGGGGCUGGGCCAUGUUGCCCCGUCCCACCACCCUCCUGGGCCUGGUGCUCUGUCUGGGCCACACGAUCCACACGCAGGCGGGGACCCUGCCCAGACGCUCCACCAGGGCUGAGCCAGACUCUGUGAGCCCCCAGGGGUGGCCUGUGACCAUUGUGUGCAGGGGCCCUGCUGGGGCUGAGGAAUUCCGUCUGGAGAGGAAGGAAAAUAGGAGUGACUUCAAGGAUGAGAAUACUGUGUCUCAACUUGGUCCACACCAGACGGAGGCCAGAUUCAGCAUCACCGCUGUGCGUGGCGACACUGCCCAGCUUUAUCAGUGCCUCUACCGGACAGGUAGUCACUGGUCUGAGCCCAGGGAUGCCCUGGAGCUGGUGGUGACAGCUCCCACAGGCCUGUCGACAGAGCAUGUUUAUAUUCUCAUCGGGGUCCCUGUGGCCUUUCUCCUUUGUCUCCUCCUCCUGGGCCUUUUCCUCCUCCAUCGUCAGCAUGAGAGAAAACGGGGGCCCCCCAGAAGCCAAGGUGAGGAGCAGAGGCCCCAGGAGAGGCUCAGCCCAGCUGUUGACGUCCCAGAUGGGACACCAGAUCUGGCCACUGUCUACAGAUUUCCUGAGAAGAAUGGAGAGGUGGAUACCUCAGCCCCUGCUGCAGGAGGCCCCCAGGAGGUGAUAUAUGCCCAGCUGGACCACCCGGCCGUCGCACAGAGGGCGGCCAGAGCUGUGUCCCUGCUGUCCACGGAGCCCACGGCCAAGUCCAGCAUGUACGCAGCCCUUGCCAGAAACUGACCCCAGGCCCACCUGGCCUCUGCACUAAAGACACAGGAGGGCACUCUUGCAAAAGCCUGCAGUGGACAUUUGGAGGGUUUCCCUGUGGAAUCGUCCAUUCCUGAAGUCAUCCAGUCAAUUCUCCUGCAGGCAAGAGCUGGAGUCCUGAGACCCCCAAUCAACUUCUAGGAGAUUCAUUCACCAUGUGGCCCCUCCCACAAUCAACUGGCUCCUUGGAGAGAACGUGUAGCACUUGUUUCCAGACACCCAGCUGUGGUCCCUUGGCUGUUUCCAGAGAACCAGCUAUAGUGCUUGGCUGUUUCCAGAGACCCAGCUGCAGUCUCCUGGCUGUUUCUAGAGACCCAGCUAUGGUCCUACAGUCGCCCAGCUGAUUCCAGAUAUGUCCUGUGAAUCUUCCAAUGCCCCCAGAGAUCCGUUUUCUCAGCUGACUGUACAAACCUUCCUAGAGUUCAGUUGUUGAUCUUGAAUCUGGGCUAUACUUAUGCAGCUUAUUGCUGAUACCCUGUUUUCUGGAUCAUGCUUCGCCUUGUUCAUCAAUAAAUGUCCUCACGGGCCCAA